CACACCCACGGCGAGGCUGCAGCUCACCAGGCGACCAGCGAGAAGAAACGUGAGGAGGGAAAAAGAAGUUCUGCUCCUCCCCACGCGCAGCAGAAUCAGGACGGACCCAAGAUGCCGAGACGUGUGGAGGAGCUGCUGACCGCGCUGGAGAAGCGAGGGCUUCCGUUGCGGGGCAGGAAGGACUCCAAGAGCUCUCUAGUGGAAGCGUUGAGGCAAGAGAUGCGCGCAAGGGGCUUCGAGCUGAAUGGAGGAGGAAGAGGAGGAGGAGGAGGAAUCGAGAAUCUGGAGGCUCUCUUGGAGGAAGCUCUGCGUACCAUGGACAUUGCACAAAGAUUGAAACGUCAAGAGAUCAAGAAAGGAAGGAAGCACAGCGGGUUCAAGGCAGAUCCAAGACAUCGGAUGGAAGAGGAGGACGAAGAGGAGGAGGAUGGCAAUCCUCUUCCUAGAGUGCAGGAGAAGAGGGAGAAGGCAGCAGUAGGGAGGCAGUUUGAGCCUCGGAAGAAGACCAUAUAAACCUUGCCCUCCCUUC